UCACUGGUCAUAUCCCAACUAGUAUUUGCAAAUUGAAGAACCUGAAGUAUUUGGAACUCUCUGAAAAUUUACUUAGUGGGCAUCUACCAAGGCAGAUAGGAAGACUCUGUAAUUUGGAGUAUCUAGGGUUACGGAGAAAUGACUUCAUUGGAACCAUACCCAACGGACUUAUAUAUGUGAAACCACUGCAGUACUUAUAUCUCUCCGACAAAAAUCUCGUUGGAAAAAUCCCAACUUGUCUUUGUUUAGUACCAUUUCUCAACUUAUCACACAAUCGUCUCGAGACUCUCGAAAGUCAAAUCCCAAAUAGAUCUCAAAAUUUGUGUCCAUAUGAUUGCUAACGCAAAAUAUUCCUCCUCUUGUUUUACGGUCAAUAAAGAAAACAAAAGAAGGAUAAUUACCCUUGUCCUUUCCCUCCUUAGCGCAAUUUUCCUUGCCUAUCUAGGGUGUGUUGUGUGCUUUUGUUUCCGUAACACCGAAAAAAUCCAAAGUGAGGCAAGAGCAACCUAUCACGGGGAUAUUUGCUCCAUAUGGAAUUACGAUGGAAGAAUUGCAUAUGAAGAUAUCAUCAAAGCAACAAAUGACUUCGACAUCAGAUAUUGCAUUGGAACAGGCGGAUACGGCAGCGUGUAUAGAGCUCAAUUGCCAAGUGGCCAAGUAGUUGCCUUGAAGAAACUUCAUCGGUUCGAAGCAGAGGACCCGGCGUUUGACCAUUCGUUCAGGAAUGAGGUCCAAAUGUUGACUAAUAUACGACACAAGAACAUCGUGAAGCUUUACGGAUUUUGUUUGCACAACAGAUGCAUGUUCUUGGUGUACGAGUACAUGGAAAAAGGAAGCUUAUUUUGCGCCUUGAGGUUCGAUGUCGAAGCUUCUGAAAUUGGAUGGACUCAAAGGGUAAAAAUCAUUGAAGGAAUGGCACAUGCUUUAUCCUACUUGCAUCAUGAUUGCACCCCACCAAUUGUUCAUCGGGACAUAUCAAGCAACAACAUUCUGUUGAACUCUCAACUAGAGGCUUUUGUUGCUGACUUCGGAACUGCCAGACUGUUGCAUCCCGAUUCAUCCAACCAAACCGUUAUGGCAGGCACUUACGGAUAUAUUGCACCAGAACUUGCCUAUACCAUGGUUGUGACUGAAAAGUGUGAUGUUUAUAGCUUUGGAGUUGUGGCACUAGAAACGAUCAUGGGAAGGCAUCCGGGAGACCUUCUAUCAUCCUUGACGUCGCCUCCAAGCGAAAACAUGAUGAUAACCGAUGUCCUAGAUUCCCGCCUUCUGCCUCCAACAAAUCCAAUAGUUGCGGGGGACAUCGUUCUAGUUGCUACAAUGGCAUUUGCAUGUUUAGAUCCUAAGCCCAAGUCCCGACCAUCGAUGCUACGCCUGUCUCAAGAGUUUCUUUCUCUUCGGAAGGCUUUGGCUGCACCCCUUCGUACAGAAUCAUUGUGGAAUCUGUGGAAUCGGAAAAUGGACUUUGUCCACCAAUCAAAUGAGCACGUGAUCAGUGCUCAAGUUUGAAAAGAGAUAUUUACCUCCUUCUCAGCCGUUAGUUGUUAUGAUCAUUUUGAAUGUGUUUUAAGAAAAUGUCUAUCCCAAUGGAGCCAUGCUGUAUUAGUUUACUGAAAUGGCAAUACAUUUUUGUGUUUUCUGAACUA